AUGACGUUUCGAACAGGUUGCGACGCCAUAUGGUGUCGCGCUUUCUCUUUAUCUCUGGAAGGGGAAGCUUUGGAUUGGUUCAACACACUCGCCAACAAUUCCAUUGUGAAUUUUAAAAGUCUGGGUGAGAUAUUCAAAAAACAGUUUGCUGCUUGUAGUAUGGAGGAAGUGAUGGUAGUGGAUUUGAUGAACUUGAAGCAAGGUAAGGAGGAAUCUCUGAAAUCUUUUAUGGACCGAUAUCAGAAGAUUGUCCGAAAGGUCAAAGGCCUUAGUUUGGAGUUGGCCCUCCAGUAUGUGAUGCCCGCCUUAAGACUGGGCUCGUUCAAGGAUAGUAUAUGCCGGAAUCCACCUCACACGAUGGAGGAGCUGCGACAACGGGCGGCUGACGAAGCUCGGGUAGAGAACAUGAAACAGAAUUACCGGAGAGAACAACAAGAGGCGAAGGCGGAGAAGAAUGACAACAAAAAGGCAGAAGGAUCAGGAAGUAGACCGACCGGUCCAAAACUGAGAGAAGGACCACGGGGCCCGAGGUUUCCCCAGUAUACCCCUCUCAACGCUCCUCGGACCAGAAUACUCCAGGAAGCGUUGAGCACCCAGAUCUUACCAGCACCGGCAAAAAGACCAACCCCUCCAGGGGUAGACCUAAGCAAGCGUUGCUUGUACCACCAGAAUUCCGGGCAUGACAUAGAAGACUGCGUGACGUUGAAAGACAAAAUUGAAGAACUGAUCCGGAUGGGGCGGCUACAGCAGUACGUCAAGAGAGAGGACGUACGGCGUCAUGAAGAAUUACCAAGAAACGAACAUCCCUAUUCGAGGUUCGAAAGUCCUCCUAGGGAGAGGAGAAAGGAGGACAGAGGUCACCGAGAGUACGAUCGUCCGCCAAGGGAUGAGGGAAGACGGACAACCCAAAGGGAUAGAAGUCGAAGCUGGGGGGGUGAGCAACGAGGACCUUUGAGGGGAAUGAUUAAUACCAUCUCCGGAGGUUUCGCCGGAGGACGACCUACGUCCUCGGCAAGAAAGAGAAGUAUCCGGGCCUUGAGAUCCAUACAUGUUGUGGAUGUGCCGUGGAGAACUAUGCCGCCCAUUACCUUCUCAGAUGAAGAUUUCCACGCCCCGGACCCUGACCAAGACAAUCCGAUGGUCAUCGACAUCGAAGUGGCCCGGUACAGGGUUAGUAGAGUGUUAGUGGAUCAAGGGAGUUCGGUCAACAUAUUGUAUUGGAAGACCUUUUUGCAAAUGGACAUCUUGGAGGACCUCGUCGUCCCCUAUGACGAGCAGAUAGUAGGGUUCGCCGGAGAGCGAGUGGACACGCGAGGGUACAUUGAUUUGCAAACCCGUUUGGGGACAGGACGGGAGAGUGAGGAGAUGAAGGUGAGAUUCUUGCUCGUGGAGGCACACACCUCUUAUAAUAUCCUAUUGGGACGACCGUGCCUAAACGCAUUCGGAGCUAUCGUCUCCACCCCACAUUUGACCAUGAAGUAUCCAACUCGAAGGGGGACCAUUUGCACCGUACGAUCCAAUCAGAAGAUGACAAGGGAGUGUUAUGCGGCAGGACUGCGCAUAUACCCAAAGGAGGAGAGGAGGAAGAUAAGUCGGUCGGAGGUCGCCCUGGCCGACCUCGAUCCAAGAACCAAUACGGAAGAUCGGUUAGAACCGGUGGGAGAAACCCAACCCAUUAUGAUAGGUCACAACGCCGACCAGACUACUUCCAUAGCAAGAGGAUUACCAGCUGAGAUUGAAAAAGAGUUGCAGAGCAUGUUAUGGAAGAACCGGGACUUAUUCGCUUGGACGGCCACAGAUAUGCCGGGCAUUCACCCCUUCGUUAUGACUCACAAGCUAUCAUUAUACAAAGAUGCCCGACCGAUGUCGCAGAAAAAGAGAAAGAUGGGGGACGAGAAGAGGAGGGCGAUCGGAGACGAGGUACGGAAGUUGAAGGAGGCUAAUUUCAUCAAAGAAGUUACCUACACCACUUGGCUAGCUAAUGUGGUGAUGGUGAAAAAAGCAAAUGGGAAGUGGCGAAUGUGUACCGACUACACGGACUUGAACAAGGCAUGCCCGAAAGACUCCUAUCCCCUACCGAGUAUUGAUGCGUUGGUGGAUGGUGCCUCUGGGCACAAAAUGCUGAGCUUUUUAGAUGCUUACUCAGGAUACAACCAGAUCCCCGUGUACGUCCCGGACAGGGAAAAAACGGCCUUCAUGACUGACAAGGCCAAUUAUUGUUAUGAAGUAAUGUCGUUCGGAUUAAAGAAUGUGGGGGCUACGUAUCAAAGAUUAAUGGAUAGGGUAUUUGCAGAGCAAAUUGGCCGUUGCAUGGACGUUUAUAUUGAUGACAUGGUGGUUCGGUCACCGGAUGAGGGGAGUCACCUGUGCAACUUGGAGGAAGUGUUCGGACAAGUCCGGAAGUACGGAAUGAGGCUAAACCCGACUAAAUGUACUUUCGGGGUCGCAGGUGGAAAGUUUCUCGGAUUUAUGUUGACCUCUAGGGGCAUCGAGGCCAAUCCAGAUAAAUGUGAAGCCAUAUUGAAAAUGCCAAACCCGUCGGCGCUGAAAGACAUUCAGAGGUUGGUCGGGCGUUUGACGGCUUUGUCCCGAUUCAUCCCCAAACUAGCCGAACGGGCGAGGCCGAUAAUGAAGAAGAUGAAGAAGGAGGUCGUUAGCAAAUGGGAUCUCGAAUGUGAGCAAGCCUUCGCCAAAGUAAAGGAAAUUUUGAUGAAUCCCCCCGUGAUGAACCGACCGAGCAAGGGGGCCGAAUUGCAGGACACCGAAACCAGAUAUCGCCAGGUUGAGAAGGUGGCGAUGGCAUUGCUUCAUGCCGCCCGACGUUUAAGGCCGUAUUUCCAAAGCCAUCAGGUUGUGGUCCGAACCAACCAUCCGGUGUCCAAGGUUUUGAGGAAGCCCGAUCUGGCGGGUAGGAUGGUAGGGUGGGCCGUCGAACUAUCCGAGUUCGGAUUACGCUAUGAGCCACGAGGAUCCAUAAAGGGUCAGCACCUCGCGGAUUUCGCCACUGAGUUGCCAAUUGCGGACGACGAUCAGUGGAACUUGUACGUGGAUGGGGCGUCCGGAAAGAAUAUGAGCGGCGCGGGAAUAGUCUUAGAAGGACCGAACGGUUUCCUCCUAGAACAUUCCCUACUGUUCAAAUUUAAGACCUCCAACAACCAGGCCGAGUAUGAAGCCCUGGUGGCGGGACUGGAAUUGGCUAAAGACAUGGGAGCCCGGAGGGUAGUUUGCCGGACGGAUUCACAAUUGGUGGUCGGACAGAUGAAUGGCGAGUUCCAGGUGAAGGAGGAUCAUUUGUCCAGAUAUUUUCAUAAAGCAUCCGCCUUAAUUGCAGAAUUUGAGAAAAUCGACAUACAACACAUUCCCCGGGAGCAAAAUUCCCGAGCAGAUCUACUAUCCAAGCUUAGCUCCGGAAAGGAUAAGGGGCAAUUGACGACGGUCAUUCGACAAGUCCUUCUUCAGCCAUCCGUCGAGUGCCACUCCAUAACCACUAACGCCACCGAUUGGCGAGGGGAGAUAAGGGAACUGAUGAAGAAACAAGACGAUGGCAAGGACUUACGGCCAGCUGAAACAAAAAAGAUAGCCCGUUUUUUACUCAUCGGGGACGAUAUGUACCGAAGGGGAUUUUCCACCCCUUUGCUCAAAUGUUUAUCCAACGAAGAGGCAUAG